AUCGUCGUUCCACUUUACAUUUAUCCGCUAAGUGGCGCCUGGGACUCCAUCUUUGAGUCCGCCCGCGCCAACCCCCAUGUGUCCUUCAUCGUCAUUGUCAACCCCUGCAACGGCCCUGGCCCUGACCCUUUCCCCGACUCGAGCUACGCGGCAAAUCUGAGCCGCCUGGGCAAACUUGGCAACGUCGUCCCUCUGGGCUACGUGCAUUGCAGCUACGGCGACCGCCCUGUGGCCGACGUCGAAAGAGACAUCGGCAUUUAUCUCGGCUGGAACGAAAAGUUCAGGGUAGAUGGCAUCUUUUUCGACGAGGCUCCCUCAUCGGCCGAGGGCAUUCCUCUGAUGGCGGGUCUGGCCCAGUUUACAAGGUCUCGCUGGGAGCACGACACUGGCCGGACCGGGCUGGUGGUGCUCAACCCUGGUGUGGUUGUCGAUCCGGGCUACUACGAGUAUGCCGACCACAUCGUCGUCUUUGAGCAGUCUGAGCAGCACUGGAACGAAUACUUCACGACUCAGGCCGUCGCUCAGAUCCCCUCCCACCUGAGUGCCAAGGCCGUAGCCAUGGUCCACUCA